AGGGUGGGCUUUGGCAGAGCUUUCGCACCUGGGUUCAACCCAACCUGGGGAAGAAGCAGAAAUGGAUGCCCUUCCACACUGUCCUUGGAGCCCAUGAGCUGUUCAUUGUGGAGCAGAUCCAUCAUAACAAAGAGCUGCCCUGGGAUGAGAAACGUCGAUUCCUGGCCAUGUUUGUGUUCCGCGCGCAUUGCCGAAGCAAUGUCUUCCGGGAAGCGCAGCUGCCUCUCAUGCUGCAGGAGCGUUUCUGGAGGGAUCCACUGGGCCAGUUUGCCGACAACGGCCCUGUCACCCGGUCCAUGCUCCAGUACCGGCGCAAGACGCGUCAGCCGUUGCAGACGUCCGCCUUCCUGGCGAUCCCGGAGCGCUUGUGCCCGGACGACGACGAAAACUUGGCGCGGAACGUGGCCAGGCGGACGCGGACGCUCUUGGAGGUGGCUGAGAAUGUAUGGCCUCUCGUCCACAACGAGAAGCUCACCAGCCUGGAGAAGUUUCAGGAGAUCUCCAAGACGAUCCAAGCUGGUCGACGCUUGGGAGACACCUGGUCCAAGAUGCUGAUGGUGAGCAUUGACAUCGCUUACCCCAAGUUGCAGCUCUUGGAGAGUACCUGCGACGUGGGCGUGGGAGCAUUAAAAGCUCUUCAGCGUUUGUUCAACGAUGGUCAAAAAGAGGAUCCUCGCGACUUGUUGGGCCAUGCCACACGUGCAGCCAACAGCUCAAAAGCGGCAGCAGCGCAGAAUUUCUGGCGCUUGCUGAAGAAGGUUGAAAGCCUUUGUCAGAAACGCUUCGCGCACCUGCCCUUGAUCUUGGAUCAGGUGUGUACCCCAGUGGCGCAACUCAGUGCAGUGACCUUGCAGGUCCAGCUGUGCGAGUGGCGUCAAUUCUUGGAUUUCCUGAGCAAGGCUGGGAACACUCCAGGAGAUGAGAUGCAGGAGGACGAGACGCCUUCGGAACCAUCGAAGAAGAUGAGACGCAUCAAAGGGAAGCAGACCGUCGAUGAUGAAGGACCAGUUGGCGUGCAGGAGCGAGCCAACGGUGUGACGGAAAACAGAGAUUCUGACGACGAAAUGCCAUUGUCCAGCAUUCGCGCAGAGGCUGGAAAGGCGGAAAAAACGGAUGCCAACGGGCAGGCCGGCCGUUCGUCGGAGGAUGCAUAUCUUCAAGCUGCACAGCAAGCUUUGGGACAACUGGAGGCCAAAGUCGCCUCGGCCCGGCAAGCUGUGCAGGAGCAGGAGCUGAAGGUGAAACGUUGCAAGACAGAGCAGGAGGAAGCCGCUCAUCAGGCAGUGGAAGCCAUGCGCAAGAGCAGAGAGGCGGAUGAGGCGCUUUCAUCCACCGAGAUUGAGACCUCGAAAUGUGAGUACCUGCUGACAGCGUCCCACAUCAAGACGGAGGUGCUCCAGGAGAUGUAUGGCAAGUUGGAGGAAGAGCAGGCGAAGCUUUCAGAUGGAAAGGACGAGGUCUUUGGGAAGCUGCCGGGUUUGCCGAAGGACUCCUGGAUGCUCCCGCGCUUGGCGAGUGCGGCCAAAACAAGGAUAGCUCACCUCGAAAGCCUCAUGCGGGAGCUGGAGAAAGAAGCGGAUGCUGAUGAUACGGCCCGAGAGCCACAUGAAGAUCAGCAUGCCGAGUUCAUCCGACAGGGCAGCAUCCAUAUGCAGCAGCGGGCCAAGGCCAGGGAAGCCGCCAACAAAGCCAUCGAGGCCAUGCGAAGUGCGCAGGAGCGUUGCAAGGAGGAGCAGGAAAAGCUGGCCGAAGGUCGGCUGCAAUUGCAUCUCGUCGAGGCUCAGGUGCUUUCUCUAAAGCAGAUCAUGGACAGUUGAGCGUGGCAUCUGGAGGAAUUUCAGGUGUUUUUACACCAAAUAGGGAUGGAAUAUACGG